CGUAAUUUUAUACUACCUUGUAGAGAUAGUAAAACUGAUUCUACCCUGCCACUCAAGAUAUAUUUAUUCCCCUACUCAUGAAGAGUAGUCAUCAUUUUUCUUCAAGCUAAAGAAGAGAAUAGAUCCAACAUGUCAAAUAGGCCACUUUCUUCAUUAGAUAGUGAGAAAUCCCAUUUGAUGAAGACUUGUAAUUUGUUGACUCAAUAUUUCAAUGGAAAAGCAGACCUCAAAAAUCUAAAUCUUACAAUUAGUAACAAUGGAGAAGCCAAAGCCUCAGCAACCAAGGAUUUGUUGACCAACAUGGAAGAAUCAUCAACUAAGACAACAGAGCAAGACCAGAAAUUAAUAGAUCAUGUUCCUAAAAGUGCAAUAAAUAAAGCCAGCAGCAGCAAAGAAAUACCAAAUAAGGAGCAAAAGCUAGCGCAAUUGUCUAUAUUCUAUGGGGGUAAAGUGGUGGUUUUUGAUGAUUUUCCAGCAGAGAAAGCCAGAGCAGUGAUGUUAUUAGCUAGCAAAGGAAUAUCUAACAACUCUUGUGCCAUUUUUCAAACCACCACCACCACUCAGACUAAUGGAGCCAACAACUUUGAUUUACCUAUUGCGAGGAGAUCUUCACUUUAUAGGUUUCUUGAGAAGAGGAAAGAUAGGGACACGGCUAGAGCGCCAUACCAAAUGCAUAAUCCAUUGCAAUCAUCUUCAAGGACUCGUGAAGAUCAUUUUGAUCUCAAUUUCUAGUUAUAAUCAACUUUUCGAUCGGAGAAAUUGUUGAAAAAGUUAAUUUUAUUUGAU